CUCUCUCUCUCCCUAUCUCUCUCUCUGUUAUAAAGAGAGAGAGAUUGUGUGUCAGAAGUCUGGAACUAACUGAAGUUUCAUUUUGUCUAAUUCUGAUCAAAGGAGGCCCCGGCCCCCCCUUUUUGUGUCAGAAACCAAAUCUAUAUAUCCAUCUCCAAAAAAUCCCACAACCAAAACCCUAAAUUUUCAUCACACACACACACACACAUAUAUAUAUAUAUAUAUAUACACACACACACACAUCCACCAUGACCGACCACAAGAAUCAUCAAAUACCCACAGCAAAACCUAGCUCCAUCAAAACUAGGUUUGCAAUCAAGUUUCUUCGAGCCAUGAACAAACUGAACAACAAAAACAAAAACAACAAGAACACCAUGUCUGAAAAGCACAAGAGAUUCCUCGCUAUCAGAGCUGCAGCCCACGCAUCCAUGGCUUCCGCCGUCGGGCCCAGGCGGGCUUGGAGCCGGGCCGUGCUUAGAAAGAUUCCAAACCAACAGAAGCAGCUCCACUAUUCUCUCAUGAACAAACAAAGGACUCGCCGCCGUAAUAUUCGGAGAAACCGAAUACUCCUCAUCACCAGAGGAAACCCUAAUAGAGAGAAUUACGAUCACGAAGAAAACGAAGACGAAGACGAAGAAGAAGAAGAUCUUAGAGAGCUGGUGCCAGGUGGCAAAGAAAUGGAUUUCUGCAGAUUGCUGAAUGAAACUGCUCAUUACAUAAAGUGCCUUAGAACACAAGUCCAGGUUAUGACAAAUAUUCUUCAUCACUCCUCACCUUCCAAUAUUUUAUAUAAAUAAUUAAUAUUUAUAUAUUACACAAUUAUAUAUAUUACACACACACACACGCACACACACACAGUUUCAGACAGACGAUAAACGAAAUAUAUAAUAUAUAAUAAGGUACCUAUAAAUAUAUAUAUGUGUAUUUGUGGAAAGUUUCUUGGUGUGUACAGAUAUAAGGGAGCAAGACAGAGUGUUAAUUAGAUUAUAUAUUUUUUGAUCAAGUGUUUGAUCUUUACACUUUUUUUUUUUUUAGUUUAAUUAAACAGUUCCUUAUAUUUAGAAGAAAUUUAUGUGUGUAAACAUUAAAUUUUUGUAUGCAUGUGUGAUGUAUUGGUAUGUAUAUAUAUAUAUAUUUAUAUGA